CUGGCACUGGUUCCGGUGGUGCUGGUCGAUCUGGCAGUCACGGUUGGACCGGCAGGUGUAGCUGAGGUUGCGGCGGAUGCUCCGCUUGAAAAAGCUUUUGCAGCCCUCGCAGAGGAGCUGUCAUUAUUGACGUUUUACAGAAGCCACAGGCUUUGCUCAAGUUCAUUCGGUGGUAAGUGGACAAGCCACGCCAGAACUUAGCCUUCUGCUUCUCUGUCUGGCCUGGACGUUCAAGAUUGCAGCAGCGCCUUUUUGGUCAUGGUUGAAUCAAAAAAUAAUUUUUGAGAAACUUUGCAAUGAUCAGGCCACAUAAGCCACCGAAUAUGACGCAUCUCCUGCAUUUUUAUGUUCAGCUCAACAGUGUCAUGAUCCAAAGUGUCUUGGAUCUUUUUUUUUUUUUUUGAGACGGAGUCUUGCUCUUGUCACCCAGGCUGGAGUGCAAUGGCACGAUCUCGGCUCACUGCAACCUUUGCCUCCCGAGUUCAAGUGAUUCUCCUGCCUCAGCCUCCCGAGUAGCUGGGAUUGCAGGUGCCCGCCACAUUUUUUUAUUUUUAGUAGAGACAGGGUUUUGCCACGUUGGCCAGGCUGGUCUCGAACUCCUGACCUCGUGAUCCACCUGCCUCGGCUUCCCAAAGUGCUGGGAUUACAGGAGUGAGCCACCGCGCCCGGCCCCGAAGUGUCUUGGAUCUUAAUGAGGUUUAGUUAAUCUAUGACUGCAUCAUCAUGAAAAUUUCCACAAUGUCCACCAGGCUCUGUCAUUGAAUCUUCCAGCAGCAGAGCCCACAGGUCUCCUUGGCUUCCUGAUACCUUCGUGGGCAAGGCGCCCCUGUGUUCAGAAGGAAGAGGAAAGUGACAAAUUCCAAAAAGAGCCAGAGGGAAGGGUAUUCUUGGGAUCCCAUAGCUGGCACAGGGCUCCAUGUGGAUGGACACUCUGAGCUUGGGGACUGCAAGCUCCCAGGAAUAGAACCAAAAGAAGCUGAACAAGGAAGCAGCGCAGCACCAAGAAAAGCAGAAGUCGGGGCCUCGGAGGCGCUACUCUCCCCUCUGGUCCAGGUGGGGCCUGGAGCUGCUGCAAGUGCCGCCUGUGCUGGGGAAGGGACCAUGUGGCUGCCUUGGGCUCUGUUGCUUCUCUGGGUCCCAGGAUGUUUUGCUCCAAGCGACCGCAGGACCGUGGCGGGCCCUGUGGGGGGAUCCCUGAGAGUGCAGUGUCGCUAUGAGGAGGCACACAGGACCCUCAACAAAUACUGGUGCAGACCACCACAGAUUUUCCUAUGUGACAAGAUUGUGGAGACCAAAGGGUCAGCAAGAAAAAGGAACGGCCGAGUGUCCAUCAGGGACAGUCCUGCAAACCUCAGCUUCACAGUGACCCUGGAGAAUCUCACAGAGGAGGACGCAGGCACCUACUGGUGUGGGGUGGAUACACCGUGGCUCCGAGACUUUCAUGAUCCCGUUGUCGAGGUUGAGGUGUCCGUGUUCCCGGCAUCAACGUCAAUGACACCUGCAAGUAUCACUGCGGCCAAGACCUCAACAAUCACAACUGCAUUUCCACCUGUAUCAUCCACUACCCUGUUUGCAGUGGGUGCCACCCACAGUGCCAGCAUCCAGGAGGAAAAUGAGGAGGUGGUGAACUCACAGCUCCCGCUGCUCCUCUCCCUGCUGGCAUUGUUGCUGCUUCUGUUGGUGGGGGCCUCCCUGCUAGCCUGGAGGAUGUUUCAGAAAUGGAUCAAAGCUGGUGACCAUUCAGAGCUGUCCCAGAACCCCAAGCAGGCUGCCAAGCAGAGUGAGCUGCACUACGCAAAUCUGGAGCUGCUGAUGCGGCCUCUGCAGGAAAAGCCAGCACCACCAAGGGAGGUGGAGGUGGAAUACAGCACUGUGGCCUCCCCCAGGGAAGAACUUCACUAUGCCUCGGUGGUGUUUGAUUCUAACACCAACAGGAUAGCUGCUCAGAGGCCUCGGGAGGAGGAACAAGAUUCAGAUUACAGUGUGAUAAGGAAGACAUAGGCUUUUGUCCUGCCUCGCCAUCGGAGCUCUCAUGGGCCCCAGGAAGUCCAGGGACGGCUCCCUUAUACCUGGCCCACGUCCUUCUCAGCCUGCCCUCGACAACAGUGACCAACAGACAGGUAGCUGGGUUUCCCAGGCCGUCCCUCUGUUGCCAUUAGCUCGAUUGGCUUCCCCGAGGGCCAGCAGGGCUGGGGGCUCCGGGGAGCAGCAGGAAGCACUCCCAGCCACCAGUGCCUGUCACCUCUUUCCCCUUUGCCCCUGCUUCAUCCCGGCUCUGUGUGUGGAGGACAAAGCUUCUUCCUGCGUGGCUCCAGGAAAAGAUGUGGCUCACGUAGGUGGCACCUGCCAAUAGCUUUGUCAAUCACAGCCCCAUAGGAACGUCUGGAAUUGCUUGGGAGUUGGGGAGAACUGUCAAGAAGAGUGAAGAGAGUGCUAAAGCGGAGAUCUGUUCACAUGGGGGCCAUGGAGGGGGGACCCACUAAAGAUCAAGAUCAAAGAUUCUCCCCAUCUCACAGACAAGGAAACUGAGGCCAGAGGGAGGAGAGAAUUGCUCAUGGCUCCAGAACUGGUGGCAAGUUUCUCUGGACUCUUAGGUUUAUUUUUAAUAUGAAAUAUAAAAACCGUUUCAAAUAUCUUAUUGAGGGAGAAGUAAAAACUUAUUUAAACAA